AUGAGUACAGCCGAUGCCAUUAAUUCAUCUGGUUCGCGUCAAAACUCUUCCGAACCCUCAUCUAUACCUGUACGCCAUCCUUCCAGUGUUUCUACUCUUGAACCGCAAUGGCUGCGCAACCGUAAACUGACUGUGCUGUACUACCGUUCGUGCGGUAUGCCAGUAGCUGACAUUGCAGCCCGGGUUGGGAUCCAGGCCAGCCAUGUACGCCGGUAUCUUGACGAGAUUCUUGCAUCCAAUUCCAUUUGA